CACGGAUAAACUUCCCUUAGUUUAGUCCUGCAGACAAAAAGGAUACCGAACAGAAACCAUAGUAGAAAAACAGGGGAAAGCGAGCAGGUUCACGUUCUUUAUAGACAUUCGGUGAAGAAGGAUCACGGUAGAUUUAUGACAGCAUGUGUUAGGCCCGGAGGAAAGCUAGAUCUUCCUUCAGACAGACUUUCAAGCGAAAGACCAGAGCAGUCCUCUGGUCUCUCCUAUGUAAAACGCACCAUCAACAAGCCAAUUCGAGAGAGGAUCGGGUCUUCUCGUCCAAACCCAUAUCGAAGAUGGGUUCCAACACCAAUGGCGCGAGCAAGACCCCCUUCGCCAUCAACGCCAAGAUCAUCCUCCUCAGCUUCCUCUUCCUCUUCCUCGUCCUCCUCGUCGUCCGCACCACCUUCCCUUCUUCCCCGCAGCUCUACCCGCCCGUUACGCCUUCCAGCACCGAGCUGACGAUCCAGACGACACAAGCGCGGGACCCCACCCCGACCGACUGCCCGACCACCACCACAACCCCCGCCGACGCUGCCGUGACGUGCAACAAGGCGCCGCCGUCCUUGGCCCUAGCCCUCGUCCACUACGCCACCACCAACAUCACCCCGCAGCAGACGUACGACGAGGUCUCCGUCUCCCUCCGGGUGCUGGCCAAGAAGUCGCCGUGCAACUUCCUCGUGUUCGGCCUCGGCCACGACAGCCUCAUGUGGACCUCCCUCAACCACGGCGGGCGCACCGUCUUUCUCGAGGAGGACAAGGCCUGGAUCGACCAGAUCACCCAGAAGCUCCCGACUCUGGAGGCUUUCCACGUCACCUACGACACCAAAGUCACCCAGGCCGACAACCUGAUGAAGCUCCGGGACGAGGAGGAGUGCCGGGAGGUGGCGGACCCGAGGUCCUCCAAGUGCGAGCUGGCGCACAAGGGGUUCCCGAGCGAGGUGUACGGCGUGGAGUGGGACCUGAUCAUGGUGGACGCGCCCACGGGGUGGCACGACGAGGCCCCGGGGCGGAUGAGCGCCAUCUACACGGCCGGCCUCAUGGCGCGGAACCGGGAGAGCGGCGAGACCGACGUGUUCGUGCACGACGUCGACCGGGCCGUCGAGGACGGCUUCUCCAGGGCCUUCCUGUGCGACGGAUACCUGACGGAGCAGGUGGGGAGGCUGCGCCACUUCACCGUGCCCAGCCACAGGGCUCGCUCCGGCCGACCGUUUUGCCCCUAGAGUACCCGAAUCUUUCUCCUCCUUUUUUCAUUUGCAUUUUCCUGGGGGUAUUUACGGAAAUCUGCGAAGAGGGAAAUGAAUUUCUUUUUUACUUGUGAAUCCUUUUUUUCUGUUUUUUUUUUUGUAAUUUUAUUUUUAUAUUUGCUGGGAGGUGAAUUCAUUCCCUAUUUUCGCUCUAGGGCGUGCGUACGACCAGGACACGUCGAUAGAGAAUUUGCAUCCAAUUAAUAAGUGUUCUUACUAAUAACAUAACAAAACCUAGAUAACUGUAAUUAGUGAAUUACAA